CGGGGCGCUCCAGGGCUGCGGCGGGAUGCCCGGAGCGGGUGACGCCUAGCCGCAUCCAUUGUGCCCAGCGAGGGGACCGCUAGCCGCCAGCGCAGCCUCUUGCUGUCAGCAGCGGUGCCAGUGUCGCAGCAACAGCAGCCCGAGGGAGGAGACGCCCCCAUGCCCAGCCGGCCCCCCUGACAGCCACAGGUCGAGGGGGAGCCCGCCAGGGGCAGGGGUGCCGCCAUGGCCACCCGGCCGCCCAAGAGCAGCGAGGCCCUGAAGGUGGUGGUGCGCUGCCGGCCCAUGCACCGGAAGGAGGAGGCGGCAGGCUACGAGCGGAUCCUGGACCUGGACGUCAAGCUGGGGCAGGUGACCAUCCGGAACCCCAAGGCCUCCCCGGGGGAGCUGGCCAAGACCUUCACCUUCGACGCCGUCUACGACGCCAGCUCCAAGCAGGCCGACCUGUACGACGAGACCGUGCGCCCGCUGAUUGACUCGGUGCUGCAGGGCUUCAACGGGACCAUCUUCGCCUACGGGCAGACGGGCACGGGCAAGACCUACACCAUGCAAGGCGCCUGGGCCGAGCCGGAGAAGAGGGGCGUCAUCCCCAUCUCCUUCGAGCACAUCUUCACCCACAUCUCCCGCUCGCAGAACCAGCAGUACCUGGUGAGGGCCUCGUACCUGGAGAUCUACCAGGAGGAGAUCCGGGAUCUGCUGGCAAAGGACCAGAGCAAGAAGCUGGAGCUGAAGGAGAACCCGGAGAGCGGCGUCUACAUCAAGGACCUGUCCUCCUUCGUGACCAAGAAUGUCAAGGAGAUCGAGCACGUCAUGAACCUGGGCAACCAGGCGCGCUCAGUCGGCAGCACCAACAUGAACGAGUACAGCUCCCGCUCGCACGCCAUCUUCGUCAUCACGGUGGAGUGCAGCGAGGAGGGGCCCGACGGGGAGGACCACAUCCGCGUGGGGAAGCUGAACCUGGUGGAUCUGGCCGGGAGCGAGCGCCAGAGCAAGAUGGGCACCCAGGGGGAGCGCCCCAAGGAGGCCUCCAAGAUCAACCUGUCCCUCUCCGCCCUGGGCAACGUCAUCUCGGCCCUGGUGGACGGCAAGAGCACCCACAUCCCCUACCGGGACUCCAAGCUCACCCGGCUGCUGCAGGACUCCCUGGGCGGGAACGCCAAGACCAUCAUGGUGGCCACGCUGGGCCCGGCCUCGCACAGCUACGACGAGAGCCUGUCCACGCUGCGCUUCGCCAACAGGGCCAAGAACAUCAAGAACAAGCCGCGGGUCAACGAGGACCCCAAGGACACUCUCCUGCGGGAGUUCCAGGAGGAGAUCACCCGGCUGAAGGCUCAGCUGGAGAAGAGGGGGAUGCUCAGCAAGAAGAGGAGGAGGAACAGCCGGAGGAAGAAGUCGGCCGGAGGGGAAGGGACCCCCGAGGCAGAGGACGGAGAGGAGGACGGGGGCCUAGAGAAGGACAUGAAGAACUACUUGAAGGAGCAGGAGGAGAGGCUGGAGGAGGAGAAGGCAGCCAUCCAGGACGACCACAGCCUGGUGAGCGAGGAGAAGCAGAAGCUGCUGCAGGAGAAGGAGAAGAUGAUCGAGGAGCUGCGGAAGGAGCAGGAGGCCACGCAACUCCUGGCCACAAAGUAUAAGGCGAUGGAGAGCAAGUUGCUGAUUGGCGGAAGGAACAUCAUGGACCACACCAACGAGCAGCAGAAGAUGCUGGAACUGAAGAGGCAGGAGAUUGCAGAGCAGAAGCGACGGGAGCGCGAAAUGCAGCAGCAGGUGCUCUUGCGGGACGAGGAGACCAUGGAGCUGCGGGAGACGUUCACCUCCUUGCAGCAGGAAGUGGAGAUCAAGACCAAGAAGCUGAAGAAGCUCUAUGCAAAACUCCAGGCCGUGAAGGCCGAGAUCCAGGACCAACACGACGAGUACAUCCGUGUGCGGCAAGAUCUGGAGGAGGCACAGAACGAGCAGACGAGGGAACUGAAGCUCAAGUAUCUGAUCAUUGAAAACUUCAUCCCCCCCGAAGAAAAGAACAAAAUCAUGAACCGCCUUUACUUUGACUGCGAGGAAGACCAGUGGAAAUUCCAGCCCUUGGUGCUAACGCCAGGAAGCAACACUGGGAGUGGAAGCAACAGCCCCGCCAUGGCCACGGCCACGCAGAUGAAGAAGCGGCCGAUCUCCGCCGUGGGCUACAAGAGGCCCAUCAGCCAGUACGCUCGCCUGGCCAUGACAAUGGGCUCCCAUCCUCGGUACCGGGCUGAGAAUAUCAUGUUCCUGGAACUGGACGUCUCCCCGCCGGCCGUCUUUGAGUUCGAGAUCACACGGGACCCGAAUGAGCACGACCCGCGGGCCCUGCACCUGGAGAGGCUCAUGCGCCUCGACAGCCUCCUGGAGCGACCGGCCGCGUCGCGAGUGCGGAAGUCGCGGUCUUGGUGCCAGGCUCCUCGUUCCCUGCCGUCGUCGACGACGCAUGUGUCCCUCGCCUCCAGCUCACAGAACGCUGCCACAGCACUGGCUCACGAGUAACAACGCCCCGUUGGCCCUUCCUUUCGCACAUGGAGGCUGAGGCUCCCUUCUCCCGUCACCUGCUGCCUCGGAGGACACGUGGUCCAGGGAGGGGGGGGGGUCCCCUGCACUAACUCAUCUUUGUCCGUAGCUACUUUGUGUGUGUGUGUGUGUGUGUGUGUGUGUGUGUGUGUGUGUCUGUGCAUCCAUACGGGAGGACGGCUCCGGGGGGCCCACCCCCCCUGCCCUCUCUGGACCUGUCGCUCUAUUUAUUUAACAUAUUUAUUUAUGAUGUGUCUUUGUAAGGAUGCGGGCUGGGGGUUCUCCUUUGGGGGCCGAGCCGCAUCCUCCGUGCCAGCUGCUCCCCUGGCAAUGUUGGGGCAGCCUGGCACCACGCACAACCUUCCUAGAAGGCGGACUCUUGCUUUUUCUUCACCCCGUCGAUGUUCUGAGCACAGAACGGACACCUGUUUGGGGCAAGCGGAGCCCAAACCACCUGCGCUUGGCUCCCAGCCGCCUCUCUUCCCUCCAGCCUCGGAAGAAGUCACUGUCUCGUUGCGGUGUCGGCGCUGGCAGAGCUCGGAGGCAGGACUCGACCUCCCUGCCAGCCACGGAAUUCUCUGUUCUCGCACCAAGACCAGCGGCUCCGCCUUGCCUUCUGUUCACCCCGCCAAAAAACGCACCAAGUGGCUCCGUGUUGCACAGCGAGAGCCUGUGGACUGAUUAUGCAAGCAGAUCUGUGAGGGGGCUGUGACACUAUGAGCAACCUUCUCACCAGAACCAGUUACAGGCCAUGGCCCACCAAGUGACUGCAAUGGCCGACGUGGUCGGGGAUGCAUAUUCCCUCUCCAGGACAGGAAUCAUCCAUAUUCUGACUGGGAAGAGACGUCCUGAACUUAAGAACCAAUCAUGUGCAUCACAUGGGGAGAGAGGCAGAGGGUCCCGUUCCCCCGAGAGAGCAGAGGGAAGGGCGCCUCUUGAGUUUUACUUGAAAUUCAUGGCUCUCUUGCAGCAGCACCGAUGGAGCGUCCAGCUGGUGGCAAGGACCUCCUGGGGCCAUAUUGAGGUCAGGAGGGGAAGGCAGAGAAAUCAAAGAGAAAGGGAGAGGGCAAGGUGGAAUAAACACCCCCACCACCAAACCCUCACGCCCCCUGCCUUUUCCUCAUGUCUUCCUGACAGUAAGAGCUGUUCGGCAGUGGAAAUUGCUACCAAGGAGUGUGGUGGAGUCUCCUUCUUUGGAGGUCUUUAAGCAGAGGCUUGACAGGCAUAUGUCAGGAAUGCUUUGAUGGUGUUUCCUGCUUGGCAGGGGGUUGGACUGGAUGGCCCUUGUGGUCUCUUCCAACUCUACGAUUCUAUGAUUCUAUGUCCAGUGUCUAUCUACAUAAGUUGACCUUUGCCCUUUGGCUUCUAGUCAGUUAGCUUUGUGGCUGCUCCUAAAAUUGGCCUGGGAGGGGGGGAAUUUCCUAGAAAUAAGCAAAACUCUGGGUUCAUCCGCUUUCUCACGGGGAAAACCACUCUUUAGUGCUCAUUCAGAGCCAAUGGCAAUCUUCUUAUUCCGAUUUAAGGCUACAGAGCGGGCUUUUUCCUGGGAAAGGAGAGGGGCAAGGGGGAAAUGGCUCAGGCACAGGGCAAGCAGAAGUGUGGGUGAGCCGUCUCUCGGGGGG